GAAAGGAACCAGGAGCUGGGAGCAACACUGAAUGCCUUCCAUCCCGUCAGGGUCCGGGGUUCGAGGCCUGUGCUAGACCAGGCGCCCAGCUGCCUUUCACAGCCCACCGCCCUGCAACUGUUUCCUUAAUUUAGGGGAUGUCCAUUGCUGGAGUGUGGGAACAAGAUGGCGUUUAGCCCUGCUGCAGUGACAUUGGAGCCUUGGCCAGUGUUGAUGGAGUUGGGGAGUGCACAGAUAGUGGGGACAGAUCCAGGCCCACAGUCUCAGUGUGCUGCCCCUUACCCUGGGGUCACUGCGGUACAGUGGGACCUGCUUAGCCUCAGAACUGUCCUCUCCCCAGCCACUGGGCCCUCGAGUCCAGCUUCACUCUCUGCUUUGUUUGUUCUGGUGUUUUCUGAUAAGAGGGCUACAAGUGUAUCCUAUGUCUGUAUCUGUCACCAAACCCCAUGUUUUCAAGGUCCCUUCACCCUGGAGCUAUGGUUGGACAGUCCCAGGCUGCUUCCCCUGGAGUCCUCAAGGUUACCCAGUGGCCAGGCUCUCACCCAAGCCUCAGUAGCUGCGUGAGGUCUGUCUCUCUUCCAUUGCAGGCCUCCUCUCUGGAGAGGCAGAGUCCUCGUGUGGCCUCCUGCCUUGUACACAGCCUGUGUCCUCGGGAGCCCAGCUUGCAGACCACGGCAGACCCGUGUGCUCCUGCCCAGUCUCUGUGCCCUCCAGACCUCCUCCCAUCCGGUCCACAUACCCUUCCAGAUCCAGUCAGGCAGACCUCACUGCUGGCUCUCCAGACCUGUCUCCAUUCAGAUCCCACACCCUGCCUACCUGCCGAAUCCUUCCAUAGUGGUAUCCAUGGGCUCUGCCGACCAUCAGUUCAACCUUGCGGAGCUCCUGACACAGAACUACAACCUCCAAGAAGGGUGUGCUGAGGCCCCACAGUGUCCUGACAAGCCGGAGGAAGAGCUGGACAAGGACUUCAUUGACCAGAGCAGUGACAUGCCCCUGGACGAGCUGCUCGCACUGUAUGGGUAUGAGUCGUCAGAUCCCAUCUCUGAGCAGGAGAGCGAGGGCGGUGACACGGCUGCAGCCCUCCCGGACAUGACCUUGGACAAGGCUUGGCCUUUUGUGUUGGUGUUGGGUGUUGGUAACGCAGUUGCCACACUUCGUUUACUGUCCUGUUCAAAGGAGCAGAUAGCAAAGGACUUGCUUUCUGGGGAAGAAGAGGAAGAAACACAGUCCUCCGCUGAUGACCUCACCCCAUCUGUCACCUCCCAUGAGGCCUCGGACCUCUUUCAUAACCAGAGUGGGUCCUGUUUCUUGGCUGGUGAUAACGGCCCAGGCUCCUCAGCCUCCUCCGACACCGAAGAGGACACGCUUCCUGUCAACAAGUGCAAGAAGGAGAUCAUGGUGGGGCCUCAAUUCCAAGCUGACCUCAACAUCCUGCACUUGAACCGACAUUGUGACAAGAUCUAUGAAAAUGAAGACCAGCUGCUGUGGAGCCCCAGCGUGCUCCCGGAGCAGGAGGUGGAGGAGUUCCUCUACAGGGCAGUGAAACGGAGGUGGCAGGAGAUGGCUGGCCCCCAGGUCCCAGAGGGCGAGGUGGUGAAGGACAGUGAACAGGCGCUGUAUGAGCUUGUGAAGUGUAAUUUCAACGUGGAAGAGGCCCUGCGCAGGCUGAGGUUCAACGUAAAGGUGAUUCGAGACGGACUUUGUGCCUGGAGUGAGGAGGAGUGCAGGAACUUUGAACAUGGCUUCCGUGUUCACGGGAAGAACUUUCAUCUGAUUCAGGCCAACAAGGUACGCACACGGUCAGUGGGAGAGUGUGUGGAGUAUUAUUACUUGUGGAAGAAGUCUGAACGCUACGACUACUUUGCCCAGCAGACACGGCUGGGCCGGAGGAAGUUCAUCUCCUCUGGAACCACGGAUACUGAACAGGAUUUGGAUAGUCUGGACCCUGAUGGCCAUGCCCCAUUGCAGUCUGAGGCAGGGGUGCCCGUGGAGCCUCUGAAUGUGGAUGUCGAAGCUGGAGGACCCGACCAGCCUGGAGUGGGUUCGGAUGACCUCCCGUCCUCAGAGGCAGGACUGUGUCCAUUCCAGCAGCUGGAUGACCCCCCUGCUGUGCCCUCGCUCCAGCAGCCGGCUAGCCUGGCCACCUCAGCUGAACUCCCACCGCCUGCUGCUGCACCAGAGCUGGGCCCCAGCCCCAGGUUGGCUGUGGACCUUGCCCUACCUGAGGAGCUGCCCCUUGUGUCCAGCCCUGUGGAUCUGAGCGAGGACACUGCAGAGCCCAUGGCUCCAGCACAGGUGGCCCUGUCGGUCACUGAAUUUGGACUCAUUGGCAUUGGGGACGUGAAUCCCUUCCUGACCAGUCACCCAGCGUGCCCAGCCUCCACACUGCACUCGGAACCCUUGUCACAGUGCAAUGUGAUGACCUGUUGAUCCCUGGUCGUCUGUGGGUACGUGUGCUCAGAACGGACAUGGCAGCACUCCCAGGCCUGCGAGUCAGUCUUCCUGACCCCACUUCCCAUGCAGGCCUGUGUGAUGCCUUCUCUGCUUCACAACAUGAUGGCAGUCAGUGAAGUGGCCAGGGCCACACAGACCCCAGACCUCAGCAUCCAGCACCGCCAGAGCCCCAGGCUGCCACCGUGCCAUGGAGUCAAUCUAGCAGCUGGGCUCAAGAGGGCCCGUUCCAACAUGGAGCCAGCCACUGGCUCCUCAGCCAGCAGAGGCUGGGCAGGCAGUGCUGCCUGGGGCUUUGGGCAGGACUCAUCCCACACCAGCAGCCUCUGCCCAGGCACCCUCCACAGGCCAGCUCUUUCCCCACCACAGCGGGGUUGUGGCCUCCGGCCUCUGCUCAGCGUAGGACUUUGGGGCACAGAGCCAUAUACCUCGCCCUGUGGCCGCCCUUUCUCGGCCCUUUGCCGUCUUCACUUCAGGAAAAGCCGCACUUUAUACCCCAACUGCCUCCUGCCUGUACUCCCCACCUUGUGUCGUGGUGGGGCCUCGGCGUUCCAGGCGCAUGAGGAACAUAUGCUCUGUUCCCUUCCUGUCCCUCUCCUUGGGGCAUCUCGGGACACAGCUGUGGAAGCACCACCCUGCCACCCACCUGUUCUGUGGGCCUCAUUUCUUUCGAGGUUCCUAGCAGGGUGGCUGGGUGCAUCUUGUUCUCGGCCUCCUUCAUUUUAUUUAUGUUGGCGUUUACAAUUUGGAGUGGGGUCCCUGGGCAGGCAGCUCCGCCCGGUGUUGGCAGAGCAGUGCUGUUUGAGCCUGUGCGGCUGGACUUGACCGUCCCUCGCCCCACCGAGGACACUGUGAUGUGAGACUGCCUUUGCCCAGUGCUGUUUUAUUUAUUAAACUUGAUUUGAAGCCC